UCUGUACUGUUUACCAUCAAGCACACGGGUUCUGGCGUCUUACUUAAAUAUGCAUUUACUGAAGCAGAAAGAAAUUCCUGUUCGGGGAAGCUCCUCCCACAAACCCUGCAGAAUGAAACACACUGAAGAUACUGAAGAACAAACAGACCUGAUGGAAGAGAACGAGGUGAGUGAAGAACUGAGUGAAGUGGAGGAGAAACAAGACAAACCUGGAGAAAAACAUUUGAGUCGCUCAAAGACUAAAAAGACAUUUUUAAAGAAAAGAAGAGCCAAGAAAUCUCUCACCUGCACUCAGUGUGAAAAGAGUUUCUCAAGGAAAUAUAAUCUUGAGCUUCACAUUAGAGUUCACACUGGAGAGAAACCGUUCACGUGUGAUCAGUGCGGGAAGAGUUUCACACAAUCAUCAAACCUUAAAGGACACAUGCGAAUCCACACUGGAGAGAAGCCACAUACAUGCGAUCAGUGUGGGAAGAGUUUCACACGCGAAACAAGUCUUGAGCUUCACAUGAGGAUCCACACUGGAGAAAAGCCUUUCAGCUGUGAAAAGUGCGGGAAGAGUUUCACACAAAAAAUACAUCUUAGGCAGCACAUGAGGAUCCACACUGGAGAGAAACCAUACCCAUGCGAUAAAUGUGGGAAGAGUUUCACGAAUUCAUCGCACCUUAUGAGUCACAUGAGGAUCCACACCGGAGAGAAGCCGUUCAUGUGUGAUCGCUGUGAAAUGACAUUCUCACACAAACACAAUCUUGAUCAUCACAUGAGAGCUCAUACUGGAGUGAAGCCGUUCAUGUGUGAUCAGUGUGGGAAGAGUUUCAUGGACUCUUCAAAACAUAAAAGACACAUGAAGGUCCACACCGGAGAGAAGCCGUUCACGUGUGAUCAGUGCGGGAAUAGCUUUAAAGAAAAAAUAGACCUUAAAAAACACAUGAGGAUCCACACUGGAGAGAAGCCUUACGCAUGUGAUCAAUGUGGGAAGAGUUUCACAGAUUCAGCGUACCUUAAGAUUCACACGAGGAUCCACACCGGAGAGAAGCCGUUCGGGUGUGAUCAGUGUGAAAAGAGAUUCUCAAUUAAAAGUAGACUUCAAUUUCACAUGAGAAUCCACACCGGAGAGAAGCCAUAUGCAUGUGAUCAAUGUGGGAAGAGAUUCCCAAUCAAAGCAAGUCUUGAGCUUCACAUGAGGAUCCACACGGGAGAGAAGCCGUUCAUGUGCGAACUGUGUGAAAAGAGAUUCUCAAUUAAAAAAAAUCUUAAACUUCACAUGAGGAUCCACACCGGAGAGAAGCCGUUCACAUGUGAUCAGUGCGGAAAAACAUUUUUCUGGGCAUCAAACCUGAAGAAACACCUGACAGUUCAUACGAAGGAGAAGCCGCAUUCAUGUUCUGUGUGUGGAAAGAGUUUUUCACUGCUGCAAAGUUUAAAAGAACAUCAGAAAAUACAUACUGGUGUGAAGGAGUACAUGUGCUUUGAGUGUGACAAGACUUUUAUUUCAGCUGGACAUUUGAAACUGCACCAGAGGAUUCACACUGGAGAGAAACCGUACAAGUGUUCACACUGUGACAAGAGAUUCAGUAGUUCAGCACAUAUGAGAAGACAUGAGAGGAUCCACAGGAGAGAGAAACCGCACACGUGUGAUCAGUGCGGGAGGGGUUUUGCUUUUAAAAGUCACCUGAAGACACACAUGAGGAUCCAUGAAACCGCUUAGUGGAGAAAACCGUUCGUU